GAAGGGGACACGGGGACAGCAGCGGCCGCAGGUGAAGCCGCCGCGCCUCGCCCGGAGCGGCCCCGCGGGGCGGGAGCUGCCGGGGCCACCAUGGGCCGGGGGGGGCCGUAGGGAGCCGCUUCGCUGGGGGACCCCCGCUUCCCCUCGCUGACGCUGGAGGAGAAGGGAGGGAAAGAAGGAAAAAGGCGGAAAAUCCCAGCGAAACCCUCCCCAAACCGGAGCCACGGAGAAGGCGGCGGCGCCGGCUGGAAAAUGCAUCUUCCUCGGAGCUGCGUCCUCCUCCUCCUCCAGGGCAGCAUCGCGCUGCUGGUGUUCUGUGCUCCAGAGGAACCCGGGAAAGGCGCGGACCAAGGCGAGCCCCGGAGCCGCGGGAGAGCCGCGGUGCCGAAGCUGCGGGAGCUGCUCUCCCCAAAGCCCCUCCCGAGCCUGGGCCCGGCCCCGCCGCAGAACCGGCCCCUCCUGGGGCUGGGCAGCGGCUCCCGGGAGCUCUGGGGUGUCCUGGAGAACCGGCCCGGGCGGGACCUCGCCCCGCGGGCACCGCGGGACCUGGGCCCGGCCUCGGGCAGGCUGCAGAAGCUUUUCGGCUGGGGCGAUUUUUACUCCAACAUCAAGACGGUGAAGCUGAACCUGCUGAUCACGGGCAAGGUCGUGGAUCACGGCAACGGCACCGUCAACGUCUUCUUCCAGCACAACUCCACGGGCCACGGCAACAUCUCCGUGAGCCUCGUGCCCCCCACCAAGGCCGUGGAGUUCGACCUGGAGCAGCAAAUCUUCAUCGAGGCCAAGGAAUCCAAGGUGUUCAACUGCCGCGUGGAGUCGGAGCAGGUGGCCCGGGCCAGGAAAACCUCGCUGUGCACCUACGACCCUGCCAAGACCUGCUCGCAGGAGCACACGCGGAGCCGCGCGGCCUGGCUCUGCUCGCAGCCCUUCAAGGUCGUCUGCGUCUACAUCACCUUCUACAGCCCCGACUACCGCCUGGUGCAGAAGGUGUGUCCCGACUACAACGCCCACAGCCGCCGCCCCUACUUCCCCUCGGGAUGAGCCCCGCGCCGCGAUUCCCGGGGCCCCGCGGGCGCCCGGGGCGGGGGGGAGGGAUGGGGGUGGUUUGGGAGCGGGGGAUGCUCCCUGGAAAGCGCGGGCGUGGAAGGAAGAGGAGAUGUUCCCGUUUUCCCCCGUGGCAAGAGGGGCAGCGGCAGCGGCAGACCCGGACCUGGGGUCUGGAGAGACUGGGAUGUGGAGCGAGGGCUGGACUUGGGAUGUGGAAAUAGGACAGAAAGCCACGGUCGGGACCCGAGUUCCUCAGCGCAAUAAUGGAUUUGCCUGGAUUUGGGUUGGUGAUUCCAGGUAAAGAGGGCUCCGGAGGACGGGUCACAACACCUGGAGACCGGGAAGAGCUCGGGAAAGGGGGGGGGAAGUCACCUGAUGGUGCCACCGGCCCCUGGGUACCCCUCACCUCCCCCAGAUCCCGGUUCUGCAGGAGCUGGGAGGAGUUCUCCCACGUGGGGAUGAGUUUUCCCAUCCCAAAGGCUCCCGGGAUGGAAAUGGAGCCGGGAUGGGCAGGGCCGGGCCGGUGGCAGGGGGGGGUUCGGGGCCUCGGAGCUGCGUUCCCGGGCGGAGCGGGGCGGGGAUGCGGCACAGCGAGGGAUCCCCGCGGCUUCCCCGGCGCUGAUUCACGCCCGGCUUCCCUCCAUCCCCUCCAUCCCCUCCGUCCCCUCCGUCCCCUCCAUCCCCUCCAUCCCCUCCAUCCUCUCCAU